UCGAUGGCUGUGCAGCCCUAGGACAUGGUAACACUUGGCGACUUUUUGUCAUUGUUUACAUGAUUUUGUGAAUUAAAAAGAAAGACUGAUUUUAUACACUGCCAUGGAAGAGGGCCCAAUGGAGACCAGCUCACCCACAGAGUCCAGUUCCGACGUUAAUUUCCCGACUGAAGAGGAGAAAUCCGCAGAGCAGCGAGCGGCGGCGGCCGGCUUUUGUUAUUGCGGGAAAGAGCGCAACCUGAACCUCGUCGAGCUGCUCUGUGCCACCUGUUCGCGCUGGGUCCACGAGUCCUGCGUGUCCUACCAGCUGGGCAAGGGAAAACUACUGCCAUUCAUCACCAAUUAUGUGUUCGUCUGCAAAAAUUGCUCCGCCACGGGUCUGGAGAAUUUCCGCAAGAGCCAGGCCACCAUUUCCCAGAUGUGCCACUGCGCCAUUGCCAACAUGCAGCAGGCGGCGUUGCGUGAUGGCAAGCGUCAAAUCCAAUUUAGCAAGGACAAGGAGAUCAUUCCCUACAUCGAGCAGUACUGGGAGGCCAUGACCACAAUGCCGCGCCGUCUCACCCAGUCCUGGUACAGCACCGUCCAGCGUUCCCUGGUCAAGGAUGUGCAAACCCUCUUCACCUACGAGGAGCAUUUGGAGCACGGUGCCAUGUACGGGCUGUUCCACCAGGACCUGCGCCUCAUCAAGCCCAACUAUGAGAGCAUGAGCAAGACGGGUGCUCUGCGGCUCACCGAGGAUGGCUAUACACAAGCAAAUCUUGCCAAGAACAACAGGCAGAAGCGCAAAUUUCCUGGAACAGAUUCGGGACCCACCGGGAAGAAGGGCCGCCCCAGCUCCGACAUUACGGCCAACGUGAAGCUGCCACCACAUGGCUAUCCCCUGGAACAUCCGUUCAACAAGGACGGCUAUCGCUACAUACUGGCCGAGCCCGAUCCGCAUGCUCCAUUCAGGCAGGAGUUCGACGAGAGCUCAGACUGGGCGGGCAAGCCCAUACCAGGCUGGCUGUACCGCACCCUGGUUCCCCAUGCGGUCCUGCUGGCCCUGCACGAUCGGGCGCCUCAGCUGAAGAUCAGCGAGGAUCGACUGGCGGUGACGGGGGAGCGUGGCUACUGCAUGGUGCGGGCCACACACUCUGUUAAUCGCGGCUGCUGGUACUACGAGAUCACCAUCGAGGAGAUGCCCGAGGGAGCUGCAACGCGCUUGGGGUGGGGUCGAGAGUAUGGCAAUCUACAGGCCCCGCUGGGCUACGACAAGUUCGGCUACUCCUGGCGAUCGCGCAAGGGCACCAAGUUCACAGAGAGCCAUGGCAAGCACUACAGCGAAUCCUACAUGGAGGGCGAUACCCUGGGAUUCCUUAUUGAGCUGCCUCAGGAGGCAUCUCUGGAGUAUCUGCCAAAUACAUUUAAGGAUCGGCCGCUGGUGAAGUUCAAGUCACAUCUGUACUACGAGGACAAGGAUAAGAUCAAUGAAACGCUCAAGAAUCUUCACAUACUGCAGGGCAGCCGCAUCGAGUUCUUCAAGAAUGGAGAGUCGCAGGGCGUGGCCUUCGAGGACAUCUAUGCGGGUAGCUAUUUUCCCGCCAUAUCCAUACACAAGAGUGCCACUGUGAGCGUGAACUUUGGCCCAGCCUUCAAGUAUCCCGAUGUGCUUGGCGAUCGUAAUGCAAAAGGGAUGAACGACCGUGUGGAGGAGCUCAUAACAGAGCAAUGCCUAGCCGAUACCCUCUACCUAACCGAACACGAUGGCCGUCUGCGACUGGACAACAUUGGCUUGUAGCUUCCGUCUGCAAGGAAUAAAGACCAAUAAAGCCUCCUUUAAGUUCAGUUU